AUGGGGUGCAACAUGUGUGUGGUUCAAAAGCCUGAGGAACAAUACAGGGUCAUGUUCCAGAAGGGUCACAUAAGCAACAUGUUGUGCUCUUUUGACGCUGACGGUCGAUUAAAGGUGAAUGGAAAGGAGCUAACUCGCCUUUCUGGGGAUCCCACCCUGGACAUACGGGACCCCGUGCUGUCCAGCAUACUGAGGCGGGGGGCUCGCAGACGGGCAGGCCUAGCGGGAGCUCCUGGAGGGUUAGUGCCAGUGACCAUGGGCAUGGCCGACUGUGUAGACAGCUGCACUCAAACAGACAUCAGCUUCCAGCAUAUGUUGACGCUGGGCAAGAGCAGCCAGCAUCCCUGUGGAGCUCCCCCUCCACCCGACCCUCCGCCAUCCCCUCCAUUACCACCGUUACUGGAGCCAUAUUUACUCAAUGAACUCUUUAUAGAGCCUGUAUACUAUGACCCCACUGACUACUUCGAUAUCACUCAGCACGAAGUGGACAGGCAGGAUGAGCUGGAAUAUGAGGAGGUGGAGUUGUAUAAGUCUCGACAGCAGGAUAAACUCGGACUGACAGUGUGUUACAGAACCGAUGAUGAGGAGGACCUGGGAAUAUAUGUAGGAGAGGUGAACCCAAACAGUAUUGCUGCAAUAGAUGGACGCAUCCGCAAGGGAGACAGAAUACUACAGAUAAAUGGAGUGGACAUCCAGGACCGAGAGGAGGCAGUAGCUAUUCUCACCAGAGAGGACAGCACUAAUGUCUCCCUGCUCCUUGCACGACCUGAGAUAGAGAAUGACAACCAGUUGGACCCAGAUGAGCUGGACCUGGAGCCACUGGACAAUGCUAUUAAUCUGCCCAGCAGCCACAGACUGAUUCACAGUCUGGACUGUGCUGGACCAGGCACUGUUGCUGAUGCGGGUAUACUAGGUAGCCACGGUCGCUCAAUGAACAGGGUUUCACCUGAUUUGCUCCAGACGGUGCUGAGCAACAGCCAGGAGCUGGACAGCGGGGUAGGCCGUACAGAUGAAAGCACACGUUACGAGGAGUCUUCAGAACAUGAUCUUCUGGGAGACGACCACACUAGUGCCUCCAAUACCAACACCACCAAUACUCCUGGCAGCAUGCGUAAGUUUUUGUCUGGCAGAGGCGACACCCCACCCUUGCUGCACUCCCAGGACCUCCAGUUCAGCACUGACUCCCUCUUAGGGCUUGACUGUGUUAAUGGAGGAGGGCUGGAACAGGUUGAGCGAUUGGAGAGGGCCUAUGUGACAGAUUCUGUGAGGAUGAUGAUGCCUGGGCUGACUGAGGAGGAGUGUGAGAGGUACAAAGAGCUCCUAGAAAUCAAGUGUUACUAUGAGAGGAACAGUAAUGAUCUGGGAGGUCAGGGGCCGGCACAAGAGGAAGGGGGUGUUUCACUGGAUGUGAAUAGGAAUGAAAGCCUGACGCAGCAUGAGAUGGCCCUUCUGGAAGAGGAACUGCGCCACUUGGAGUUCAAGUGUCGCAACAUCUUGAGGGCUCAGAAGAUGCAACAGCUGAGGGAGCGCUGUCUGAAGGCUUGGCCUCUCGAGGACAAGAAUGGAGCAAGUGCAGGGGCCGGAGUAGGAGUUGGCCGCUUGGACAUUAAUGGUACUUUAGUCAGUGAGGAUUCCUGUCACCAUGCUCUAUCAGACAUCAAUGAGCUCCCAGAGAGGGAGCGCUCUGAUAAGGACAGCACGAGUGCCUACAACACUGGAGGGGAAAGUUGUAGAAGCACCCCUCUGGUGAAUGAACAGUACCCAUCACCCUCAACACAGAGCCUGAAUGGAGGAGAGUCUCUUUUCACAGCAGGUAUGGAGCUACCAGCCUCCACUAGGCAGAGAGAGAGAGGAACCAGGGCCGAAAGAGGGGACGGGGUAAACCUCAACCAAACCUACUCUCCCCACGCUCAAAGGAGAGGAGACAGCCCCGGAGCUAAGGUUAGGUCCCUGUCACGAGAUGCAGCAACCAGGAGGGGGUCAGAUGGAGGGGUGAGGCUUAACCCUAAAGCCAAUGGGACACCUGAGAGGGCUGGUGGAUGCAGUGCGGAGAACAGCCCUUACCUGUCUCGCCGUCAGACAGAAACAAAGCUGCCUCAGCGCUACCUGAGCUGCAUGCAGCUGAGGUCUCCGUCCACCUCUGAGCGGCUCUGUGGACUCAGAGAUGCUCCCAGAGAGGGCAGCAUGGAGACUGGGGGUGAUGCCAGCCCAAUGAGCUUGGGUAGCACAUGUAAAGAUGUUGUCCAGGUCCCAGGUGCUGUACCCUUACCCAUGUCCCCUUCAGUGCUGCCUGCCUCCCCUCGUAUGGAGUGGAAGGUGAAGAUCCGUAGUGAUGGAUCGCGCUACGUGGCCAAAAGGCCUGUGAGAGAUCGCCUCCUGAAGGCGCGUGCCAUGAAGAUCAGAGAGGAGCGCAGUGGCAUGACAACGGAUGACGAUGCUGUGAGUGAAAUGAAGAUGGGCCGCUACUGGAGCAAAGAGGAGCGCAAGCAGCAGCUGCUAAAGGCCCGAGAGCAGCGGCGGCGCAGGGAGUUCAUGAUGCGAAGCCGUCUCGACUGCUUGAGAGAUCGUGAGAGGGAGCAGGGCAGCAGUGGUGGAGGACAGCAGGGGACGACACAGCAGCAAGAACCCACCUCCAUCCUGGAGCUGUGCCACCGCAGGAACAUGAAGAAGCGCAGUCGCAGAAUCCUGGACAACUGGAUCACUAUACAGGAGCUACUGGCCCAUGGGACCAGGUCUGCUGAUGGGAAGAAAGUCUAUAACCCCCUGCUGUCUGUCACCACAGUCUGAGAUAAGAAUAGAGAGAAUAGAAGGAGGUAGAGAGUUAAGCAGAAAUAAGAAAGUGCCAAAGUCCUUUGAUGGGGGCUAUAGGAUGAACACAAGCUGCUGUACACACUGGCACAAAUAUUUGUCUGCAGGGAUGCAGCAACAUUCUGAAACACAAAGUACCUGAUGGUAAUAUAAAGUAGCAUAUGUUAGGCCCCAACCUAAAAUGUUUUGAUUGAAGAAAAGCUCAUGCCUGAGACUGCCAGGGAUUGUGUGUCUAGUAACAGUAUGUAUCUUCCCAAACAGAAAGAUAAUACACACAUUUACAAUUUUGUGGAAUUGAAGCUGCAUUUCAGAAAUGCAUUCCAUGAUCUCAAAUGCAGAUUUACAAACAUACUACAGUACUUUUUAAAUACAAUGUAUUCCCCUUCAAUUUUGUCUGGUUAUGUGGACCUAAACCAGUCAGGAAAACACUUCCCAGCCAUUUUCAUGAUGCUUUACCUCUCACAGAAGACAAAGGGGAAUAAUGUAAUUCUUCAUCUUACACAGGAACCUGUACCAGCUUGUCAGAUUUGAAAUCUGGAAGAGCAAAGAUUAGCAUUUUCAGUGGAGUCCAUCAAGUAACAUAUUCACAUUCAUUCAGCCUUCUUACAUAAAGGAGAGGGUGUGAGAAAUGGCACCACCUGCUGUUAAGCCAUAAGUGGUGCACAACUUAAAAGUAAUCUUUGCAGGCCUCUACAUUUUUAUGGAGUAAAAUCAAAAAUGGAGAAGAACCAUGCAGCUGUGAAAACAUGUGAAAAGCCACUUUUGUGCCAUAAAACUGUGUGUUUAGUGUCCAUAAAGGCGUUUUGAAUAAGGACAUUUUCAAAAGAACAUUGUGUGCCAGUUACUGUCGUUUUUUUCAUUCUUGCUGUGUACAAAUGCUCCUUUGUUUUGACACAGGAAAUGCAACAUCAUUGUCAGACCACAGGCCCUUUCUGAUAAUGAAGAGCUGAGCGGUGCCUUCCUUUCAGGCAGACUUGACUGUAUAGCACAAUUUUUAAAGCGAUACAAAAAAGCUGUAAAAUUCUGUAGCUGAGUGGGUAAAUGCUGAAGCACAGAGCAGCUGACCGGCUUAGCUUUUUUAAAGAAAGGCACUUUGUCAUACAAAGCACAGAAAACAUUUGAUAUUGCCGUUUCAUUCCAAAAGGCACAUUUGCUAUUUAAAUGGAUAAAACACCUUCAAAUCAUUUUUCUCCAUUUGCCAUUUUAAAUGUUCCUUUUUUGAGACCAAUUCAUUUUGGUCAGUAUGCAAUUUGAUUGCGAUUGAAGAUUGUCCUUAGCUACGAAAAAUCUCCUGUCAAGUGGAUCUGAAGCUAAAUCAACUGUUCUGUCAUUCCAGUCAGAUGUGUCACUCCCAAACUUGAUUUGAGGUUUUUACUUUUUAAUUCUGUGCUCUCAGAACUGGCCGCUGGAUAAUUAUCCAGCAAAGUAACUAAAAUGACAAUGAUGGCCAAUAAUGAGGUGACUAAUUUAUAAAAUCAUAUGAACAAAAGCUCAUUUCAUUUGGCUUACAUGCAUGUUUGAUAUUGAGGCAGAAGUGUCCCCCCCCAUGUACGACUAAAAGCCUUUAACAUAAUGUAAUUGUGGAUGUGUCUUUCUAUGAUCUUGCUUAAAAUCCUAGCAUAGAAAAAGAAAACAUGGUGUACCUGUUCAAUAUUGUGAUGUCCUGUGUCUGCCAUUUCACAGUGAAAGCUUUUCUAAAUAAAUGCUGUGAUAAUGAAUGAAAAA